UGCGGGACUUCCCCGUUUUACUUACUUCAUCUGCAACUCAGCGGGGAAUCCCUCAAUAAUAAAAUCGAUAUCGCGAUGUACGUGUACGUACAUACUCUACAUUGGAUGUUAAACCACGGAGUGCAGUGCAGUGUUUAUUUACGCGUUUUAUGUAAUUGUGCAUUACAUUGUAAUUCAGUACAAACAAUACUGUUCUUCUGGUUUAACAAUAUUAGUAGCGAUUUGUAAAAGAAAUGAGUGAAAGGAAAAGAGAUUAUCCCAGCGGUGCUGAGAAAAGAAAAAGUAAACGGAAAAGGGAAGAGGUUAUAAAAAAAGUGCCCAAAAUUUCUUCAUUUUUUCAGAGACAAGAUACUGUGAGUGAUUUAGAUUGGAAAGAUUCUUCUGAAGCACGUUCUUCGUCAAAUAUCCAUUCGGAAAUAGAAGAAAGCCAAGCACAUACUUCAUCGGAUGUCCAUCCAGAAAUUGAAGAACACCAAGUCAACGAUUCUGAUAUAUUUGAAGAUUGUAAUAUAAUUUCAUCAGAUAGAGGAAAUUUUGGUGACAAUUUAUCUGAAUGCGAACGAAAAAUAAUUUUUAAAUUGGGUCCAUUUAAACCACAAGGACCAUUUCCAAAAGAUUCAGAAAGUAACCGACCUUUUUCGGCCUAUUAUUAUUCAUAUUUCAAUCAGGCAGGCAUAAAACUUGUAAGACCAUGGUUAUGUUAUUCUAACGUUUUAAACAAACCGUACUGUCACUUCUGUUGGUUAUUAGCAGAUCGUCAAAACAAAUCGUACUCCUCUGCUUGGGUUAACGGUGUUUGGGUUAGAAGCAAUUUUACGCAAACUAUACUUGACCAUGAAAAGUCACAGCAGCAUAUGAAUGCCUCACUCUCUUAUAAUAAUUGGUUGCAAGGAAAUACCAUCGAUACUCUAUUGCAAAGUGAAAUCAAUAGUAAAAUUACAUUCUGGAGAUCUCUCCAGAAUGUAAUCCAGAAAGAAUGUAAUGAAUGUACAUCUGUACUGCAUCGUAUAAUUAAUGUUAUAAUUACUUUAGCAUCUUGUAAUCUAUCUUUGAGAGGGCAUGAUUCUGAUUCUGGAAAUUUUAUGGCAAUUUUACGUUUGCUAUCUAACUAUGAUGCAACUUUAAAAGAACUUCUAAAACCGAAAGGCGAAAUAAAUUAUUUAAGCCCUACGAUUCAAAACGAAAUUAUUAGUUUGCUUGGUACCACCGUUAGGAACAAUAAUCUCAGAAAUUAAAAAAGCUCCAUUUCUGACAAUAAUUCUGGAUACAACACAAGACUUGUCAAAAAUUUACCAACUUUCUGUAGUUUUUCGAUAUAUCUCGGUUACAGAAAAUGAUGAUAAUGUGCCUAAAGAAAUAAAAAUCUGUGAGUCCUUUUUAGGAUUUAUAGCAGUAACCGAUUGCAGUGCUGCAGGUCUGAAAACUGACAUUUUAAAUUUGACUAAAGAAUAUGGAAUUGAUUUGACUAAAUGUAGAGGACAGGGUUACGAUGGAGCAAAUGUUAUGUCGGGUGUUUAUGGAGGAUUACAAACCCUAAUAAAAGAGCAUGCUCCAAAUGCCGAUUAUGUUCAUUAUGCUGCGCACGCUUUAAACUUAGUUUUAAACGAUGCUGCGAGACACGUUCGUGAAGUAUCGACUUUUUUCGAUAAUUUAGAAAAAAUAUAUACUUUUUUUGGCAAUAGUAUAAAACGCUGGGCUAUGCUAAGUGACGAUCCAUCUGAAAAAUAUUUGAUUCCCCUAAAAAGGUAUGUCCAACCAGAUGGUCUUCUAGGAACGACGCUUUAUUAGCGGUAAAUAUUUUUUUUUUUUACUAAUCAUGAAAACUUUGUACCAACUAAAUUUAAUUUCAAAUAAAAAAGAUGAACGUGAAGAAUGUAAAAAUAUAAUUAAUAUUUUAGAGAGUUAUGAUUUCUUAGUGCUCGUUACAUUUUUUUCUUCACUAUUUGAAAUUAUUAAUCCUAUUUCUAAAGCUCUACAGCAUGAAAAUAAUGACUUACAGAAAUCUAGUAUUUUAUUAAGUAAUCUUUUAAAUAGACUGUGCCAAUUAAGCAAUCAGAUUUCAUUUAAUAGUUUGCUAAAUGAGUCCAAAGAUUUAGCAAAAGAGUGGGGGGGUAACAACUGUUUUUAAAAACAGUAGGCGAAAGAUAACGAAGCGUUUUUUUUAUGAGUUAUCACAAGAUGAGAGAAUUUCCGACCCGAAAUCCUAUUUCAAAGUCAAUGUAUACUAUUGCUGUUUAGAUAUAUUAAUUUCUCAAACUUAAGAAAGAUUAGAGCCUUUGCGACCUGAGUAGUAUGUUCGAAAUAUUACAACCGGUGAAACUCCUAUCUUCUUCAAACGAAGAGAUAUUAAUCGCUUCCGGAAAACUGUCGGUUAAAUACAGUAAAGACAUCUCAGUUAAUCUUUGUGACCAAUUAAAGGCUCUAAAAACAUGCUUAAAAUCUGAAAUUCAAAAAAUUUAUUCCAUUAAAGAACUCAUUGAAUUAUUGCUAGUAAAAUUCAAUAGUCUCGCAUCUAGUUUUCCCGAGGUAAUAACAGCAUGCUUUUUAUUCUUGACCCUUCCAGUUAGAACCGCAACUGCUGAAAGAAGUUUUUCAAAAUUAAAACUGAUAAAAAAUUACUUAAGAACUUCGAUGGGACAAGAACGGCUGUCAGACCUCUCACUAUUGUCCAUAGAGGUAGAAACUUUAGAAAAACUAAAAUCAUCAUCAGCCAUAAAUGAUUUAAUAAAUCAGUU